CAACACACAAACACUCGACGCGUACACGGAAGGAGGGUCUACUUCUCAUUUCUCCUUAUAUGAGCUUAAGAGCUGGCGUCGACCAGAGCGGCAGCUUUGCCUCACUAUGGCACAAUGGAAGAUGUUUUCCCCCCAGAUCGAACAUAUGUCAGACCAGGCCUUGAGGGAGCUCUACCCAGAUGUUUUCCCCAUGGAAAUCCGAUACUACCUGGCAGAAUGGAUUGAGACCCAGAGAUGGGAGGAGAUUGAUGUGGACAGCUUGAACCAGGAAGGGGAGGCGCGACAACUUCUAGAACAAAUGCUGAUUCUUAUACACAAUCUAGCAUCCCAAAAUUCCCAGGUGGUGGAAAUUGUGAAGUUCCAGCAGAUCAGCAAGAAAAUGGGAACUUUCUGGAAGCAGCCUUUAGAGUUGGUGAAAAUAGUGAGACACACUCUGAGGACAGAAAGGAACCUUCUUCAACACUUGGGUAUUCAGCAAAUCCAGCAAAUUCCACAAAUCCCGCAAAUGCAACCACCCACUAACAACACCCCCAAGCCCUGCAAAGAAGUGAACAAUGAUGAUGUGUCGGAACUGAUGACAAAGGUGCAGCAGAUUCAGAACAUCCGAAAGAAAAUUCAACACUACCAGGAGGACCUCAACUGGGAGACAGAAGGCUCUGAGCAAGGCCAGAACGAGGUGGAUCCAGAACAGAUCGCUAAAAAAAACCGUAUAGCGCAGAUGGAGCGGGAGUAUGAAUACUACACAAGGAAGCGUGUUGAGGGGCUGCGUAUGACGAUCUGUGAUUUGGAACAGAGCCAGUCUCGCCUCAUAGAGCGCAUUUACUCCUGGCGCUGGGAGCAGCUCCGCUCCACCAUCGGCUAUGAGUUUGAUGAGAAUCUCCUGCCUCUGCAGACGCAGUGUCAGCAGUUGUUUGAAGUGAAUGUGAACCUGAGACAGGAGCUGAUGUUGCUCAAGAGGGACUUUGGAACCGAUGAGAAAGUCCACCCAUUGAUAGAAAACCUAAACUGCCUCCUGCAGACUCUUAUUCACAGCUCGCUGGUGGUGGAGAAGCAGCCUCCUCAGGUGAUCAAGACCCAGAGUAAAUUCUCCAGCUCUGUGCGCUACCUGUUGGGAGAAAAAGUGGCUCCGGGGAAGCCGGUGGUUCUGAAAGCACAGAUCAUCACGGAGUCACAGGCCAGAGUCAAUGCACAAACUGAAAAUGUGGGGGAACUGAUCAACAACAACGCCAUUUUAGAGCACAACACAGCCAGCAGGAACACCUGCGCAACCUUCAGAAACAUGUCGAUCAAGAAGAUCAAGCGAGCAGACAGGAAAGGCUCGGAGUCUGUAACAGAAGAGAAGUUUGCCAUCCUCUUUACUACACAGAUAACUGUGCCAGGCUGUGACAUUCUGUUUCCCAUCCAGGUGAUCACUCUGCCAGUUGUUAUAAUUGUCCACGGCAGUCAGGAGAACAACGCUGUGGCCACCAUCAUAUGGGACUGUGCUUUCUCAGAACCUAACAGGAUCCCGUUUGUGGUACCUGACCGAGUGCCCUGGAGGCAGAUGUGUGAGGCUCUUAACCACAAGUUCAUGUCUGAGGUGCAGACCCGGCGCGGGCUGGAUGACAACAACUUUCUGUGCCUCGCUCAGAAGAUCUUUGACAAGCCAGACAUGUCUGACUUCAGCAAUGCGCCGGUGUCCUGGGCUCAGUUUAACAAGGAAGUCCUGCCUGGUCGUAAUUUUACCUUUUGGCAGUGGUUCGAGGGAGUGAUUGAGCUGACCAAGAAAUGCCUGAAGCAGUACUGGAGUUCGGGACUCAUCUUUGGUUUUAUCGGGAAGCAGUACCUUCACGUCAUCCUGCAGGACAAACCGUGCGGCACCUUCCUGCUGCGCUACAGCGACUCUGAAAUCGGAGGCAUCACCAUCGCCUAUGUUGGCCAAAGUGAAAAUGGAUGCAGGAAAAUUCUGAACGUUCAGCCGUUCAACAAGAAAGACCUGGAUUCCGUCGGCCUCGGGGACCGGGUCCGGGAUAUCAACUGCAUCUCACACCUUUAUCCACAUUACCCGAAGUACGACAAGUUCAGUGGAUUUUAUACAGUUCAACCCGCCACAAACCCAGAUGGAUACAUUCCAUUCAAGCUCACUACCGUGGUGAAUCAGGAUUCUGGACAAUCUGUAUCAUCUCAGCCUGAAAUAUCCUUUGAAUCGUACCCCAUGAACACAGAGUCGAUUUACAGUGUGCAUCCACCUGUAUAUGCUCCCACGUAUCCUGUGGAUUCGCACAUGCCCGACCAAGGAAGCUUCGCUAAUUUUGGGUACAACGAGGCAGCAGAUGCACCAAGUAACAUGGAGCUGGAUGACCUUGUCAAGAUAUUAAGCACUUAGCUAUGAUGCGAAAGACUGGAGCCGUCUUCCUGCUAGAAACAGAAGCACAGCCUUGCGUGCAAACACACACGCUAACACUCGGCGUUCGGUUUCCUUUCGGGGCGCAGAGUGAAUCAGAAAGCUCCCCGUGGAUGGAACUCGGCUCAUCUUCGUGGUAUGAUAUCCGGUGGCCUGCUACACUAAGGAUGUGCAGAAAAGCUCACUCGCUUUUGCCUGUUUUUUUUACAAUCAAGCUUCAUGGUUGCUCUUUAAUCUUCACUUCGCUCACGUCUCCAAAUCUGAUUUUAUUUCCAGUGACUUGUUAAUAAAAGGGGUUUAAGCUUUAAUCCUGUAAGUGCUGGAGUGAAUAAGCACAGUUUUGCUACGCUUCCCGUUUCUACUGUGUCAUUUUACUCCAGCGUAUCUUCAUCUUUCAUCUUUCAUCCACCCUUCCUCCUACAGUCAGGAGUUUUGGAAUUGACAGCAUGUAUUCCACUUUAUUAUAUCCAAAUGAAUCACAAUUACUGAUGUUUAGUGUUCAAAUUUAAAACUCAAUUUAGCUCGUACUCAGAUCUGAAAUUCCUGACUGUGGCUGUUAGCAGGCAUUAGUGUUUAUCAUUAGCAUGACCCAGCGAGCACCGACACCGAUCAGAGAUGUCAGUAGAUGUCAGUAAAUGACCAGGCUAGUCUGUCCUGAUUUAAAAACCAGACAUUAUGCAAAUUUAACAUCUUUACCUUUAUGAUUAAAAGUGUUUUCUGUACAGUUUUAACUUUGUUAUACGUUUACAAAGUGUCCAUACACUCCCCCCCCAGUCCAUUUACAGAAAUAAACAAAGAAAUAUACUCAUCACUUACAGUUUAAAACAUCCAACAAUUUAUGACCUCAGGUUUGGUCUACAGCAGUUAAUCCCACACAGUCGUAAUUCCUCUAAAUUAUUAUUAAAUUAUUAUUAUAUUUUUAAAGUUUCAUUAUUAUUUUGUAUUCAGCUGCCUUCCUAUUAUUCUGGUUGGUAUACCUGAUUUGGCCGGAUGCCCUUUCUUUUUUCCGGGCUCGGGGCUGGCACUGAGAGCCAAGCUGUUCAGUCACCUCGCUCCUCAGACACAGCCAGACCAACUGAUAGCACAGCUGAGAUUCGAACCCCGACAAGCAUCGUCUGAAUUUAGUUGAUUUUGAUUGCAUAUCUGAUUGCAUUUCGUUUCCUCCUCUGCUGCUGACCUGACCGAGGAGAGCCGUGACUAACACGUGUGCAGUAGCCGACCUCUUCUUUUCACCUGCUUGAGCAGGGUUUAUAAAGAUUUAUAAAGAUCUGUAUCACGUACACAGACUCAUGCACUCCAUCAUCCAGCAGAGGUCGUAAUUGGAGUAGUUAUGAGGAAUCCCGUCUGUAACUACCAUCCUGGGAUGAGCAAUUUAUUGUUCAUUUAGGUGCCCAGCCUGCCGGUAGCAGAGCUGAGAUUUAAACUCGUGAAGAUGUUCAUUUUUAUUCAGCAUUAUAAAUGUUUUAUUACCAUAGACUACGUAGACUUUUAUUAUAAACGAAGCACUAACCAAACAACUCAUCCUGGAUAUUUAAAUGCUUUAAUAGCUUUUUUAUUAAUAUCACAAAACAGAAAGUCUACAAGUCUAAAAAUCCAGACGUGACCGAGAGUAAUUAACAAUAUAAAUUGGGCUAAAUUCACACAAAUCAGUGUUAAUGGCACUGGGACCAAAACAUCCUGUGACAUAAAUUAUACCAACAAUGAAUUCAACUACAGUGAGUUCAGAUUACAAUCUGCCUUUAAAUCUGCCUGUUGGUCAGUUUUAAUGUAUAAAGUAACCCAGAAACUAACGUCUGUGUUUAAAUGGUUCUGCUCAGCCCUAACGUCCUGUAUAUGAGCAUCUCACUCACGAGGACAAAUAUCUGGAUAUCUCAUUAACAUCUGGUGAAGACAUCUGGCUUUUUUCCAUGUGUAUAAAAUGCAUUCGUGCUCACUGGGAUCCCCUUUGAUAUACUGCGGGACAUUUCAAUAAAAAACGUCGGUACCCUGAGAGGAUUUUAAACAGGAACCUAAAUGCAGUGCAGGUUCUGUCCUGGUCUUCAGCUCAGUGAGGUUCUGGUCUGACAUUGUGUUAUUGUAAAUGGUAUAAAUCUUUAUCUUUGGCGUCUGUUCAAGCCAUUGAGGUUGAUCUGUGUUUUAAAAUUCCCUGUACAUUUUACUUUAUUAAAAGGACCAAGAGUUUAACCAAAGCGGCAAAGUCUUCACCUGUAAAGAGGAUUUUUACUGUCAGCUUCAGAAUUACCGCCAUCCUUGAUUAAGAUGGUUAAAAAAGUAUAUUUUUUAAUGUGGUUAAUUAUUAAUUCACGAGAGUCCUUAAACCUUGAAUUUAAAUACAAUUGUUUCACCAAAAUAAAAAUCCAGACAGUCAAAAUAAUUGUUAUAAUUACAAUAUACCAGCACUAAAUCUGUGCUGAAGGGCAGUUGUGGUAGCUUAGUGGUUGAGCUACUGGACUAGUGAUCUGAAGGUCACUGGUUCAUUCCAAACCCCGUCCGAGUUGCCCCUGCUGGGCUCCUUAGCAAGACCCCUGAGCCUCAGUUGCUUUUAAAAGCGUCCGCUAAAUGCUGUACAUGUAAACAAUACAAAGCAAAAGAUAUAAAAACCCGACUAUUUUAUAUCUGUUCUUAUAAAUGUUGUAUAACAUCUGUUCCAGUGUAUCGUAUUUGCACUAAAAAUCACAAGGACGUUAUAAGAUGCUAUAACCUUUUAACUCAUCUUUAUCAAGCAUACAGCUAAUUCAGGAGCUGGUUAUAAAAGGUUUAAGACACUUUACUGUGCAGUUCUGCCACAUCUCUUUGUGUCGUCUGGGCCGGAUGAUUCGUUUUCAUCUUCACCUUUCAGUAACGUCUGAUCACUUUAUUGUAAAUCACAGAAUCGCAGCUAAGAUGAACCUUUUAAGCACAAGUGUGAUUAUUAAUGGCUUUUUCUCUGAGAAUGCAGGUAAUAUUCAGUAUUCAGAACCAUAUCGUUCUAUCAUGUGAUUCGUUUUCAGUACAGUAUAUGAGCAGAUAUGAUCUAUACAGCAGUACCUUUUGUUUUCAUUUUCACUUUUAGCACUUACGUUGGUCUUACACAGAAAUGUAUGUAAAAAUGUUCAUAAGCAUGAAAUUGUUCAUAGGCUUCCAUUUAAAACCUGUAUCUGUAUGGUGCAUGUACUUUCACACACAAACUCAUUAAAAACAACGGGGACCUGUCA